ACACACACACACACACACACACACACGGAUUACAAUACACAGGAGUAUUAAAACUUCUCCUGCCAAGCCUUCACAUGCUCUUCCAAUUUCUGCCAAAUCAUGGAGACUGCAUCAUGACUGAACGUGACAACACAGCAGAUGUGAGGACGAAGGUUCCCAGUAAGACGUUGCUAAUGGCGGUUUGGGCUGCAGGAAUUGGAGGAACUUUUCAGUACGGCUACAACGUCUCCAUCAUAAACGCUCCGAACAAGGAAGUGCAACGCUUUAUUAACCAGACAUGGAUAAAGCGCUAUGACACAAACAUCUCAGCAGAGCUCCUCACACUGCUCUGGUCCUCCAUCGUCUCCAUCUUCACCAUCGGGGGAUUAGUAGGAGCUUCAAUUGGAGCCUCGCUAGCAGUGCACUUUGGAAGAAAAGGAACGCUGUUGAUCAACAACUCAUUUGCUCUGUUAGCAGCGGUGCUAAUGGGCCUGAGUUCUCUUACUGCUGCGUUCGAGCUGCUCAUCGCUGGCCGCUUCAUCUCCGGGAUAAACGCAGGUGUAGGGGCCUGUGUUCAGCCACUGUACCUGGGGGAGAUUGCCCCCCGUGCUCUGCGUGGUGCCAUGGCGAUGGGAACCUCCAUUUUCAUCACAGGAGGGAUUCUAACAGGACAAGUGAUAGGACUGACUGAACUUCUGGGUGGAGAACAGUAUUGGCCUCUCCUCCUCAUCUCUCCGUGUGUUCCAGCUGUUCUCCAGCUUAUUUUCUUGCCGCAGUUUCCUGAAAGUCCUCGAUUCUUGUUGAUCGACAGAGCUGAUGAAGUAGCAUGCACCACUGCUCUGCAGCAGCUCCAUGGUGGAGAACAUUUCCAGGUUGAGAUGGAGGACAUGCAGAGAGAGCGGAUCAGCGCUGAAGGAAUCAAACCCUUAAAACCCUGGCAGCUUUUCACCGAGUGCCGAAAUCGCUGGCCGCUCUUCAUUGUCAUCUUAAUCAGCACAGCACAGCAGCUCAAUGGCAUCAACGCUAUUUAUUUCUAUGCAGAAUAUGUCUUCAGGGAAGCUGGAAUUCCGGCUGAAAAUAUUCCUUACGUCACACUGGGAACUGGAGCGUGUGAGUGCAUAACUGCACUAACAUGUAGUUUACUGAUUGAGCGUUUGGGAAGGCGAGCUCUGAUUAUUGGAGGAUACUCUCUCAUGUCUUUGUGGUGUGUCUGCUUUACUCUCGCGCUCAGCUUUCAGAAGGUCAGCUCCUGGGUGCCGUAUCUCAGCAUGCUUUGCAUCUUCGCCUUCAUCCUCAGCUUUGGCCUCGGACCAGGUGGCGUAACAAACAUUCUGAUCACAGAGCUCUUCACUCAGACCACUCGUCCUGCAGCGUACAUGAUCGCCGGCUCAGUCAACUGGCUCAGCUUCUUCUUCAUCAGCAUGGUGUUCCCCUUUAUAGUGAAUGGACUGCAGCAGUUCUGUUUCCUCAUCUUUUUGGUGAUUUGCUGCCUUGUGGCCACAUUUAUCUUCUUUUUUGUGCCAGAAACUAAAAACAAGACAUUUCUGGAGAUCCAGUCUGAGUUGAGCGGGAAGGAGACAACAGUAUCUCAGGUGUCUAAUGGACUAGACGUGUCUCAGGUGUCCACAUCACUGUGACUCUUUGUCCUGUUUCUGUCUCUGUGUCCUGGACCUGGUAAUACUCUCUCACAACAGCUUAUAGGUGCUGCACUGUUAUAAUUAUGCUCUAUAUGAUGGCUAUAACGACUGUAUUAUCCUCAAUAACUCUAUUUUCUGUUUAUCAGACAUGUGUUAGUGAAUGUUUUCUCUGCACUUCUGAUUAAGUGUCAUAUUUGGAAUUUGGAGACUGUUUCAUUCUACCUACUUGUUCAUGGCUGUAAUGACAUGAUAUGAUAAUGAGUGUGUGAAUAUAAUGACAAUAAAUCUUUACACCACA